GCGCCAACCUCCAUCAGCAAAUAGCUGGAUACCUCGAAGACCGAGGUUCAACAACUGCAACUGCCUAACAAGGAUGGCAACAGCACAACGCAUUACAAGAUGUCGACGUUCCAAAUUGAGAAGUUCGAUGACUACACGCAUCAAGACCCGGUCAUCUGGUGGGAAGGCUUUACGACGCAACUUCGGAUUCUGUUCGUCGCCAAACACGAGUACAUCAACGCCCUGUUUCUGAACUCAAAGGGUGGAUGCCAGACCUGGUUGAGCCACCUAGCAUCCACCCACGACGUCGAUGUCGCAUAUCUGAAAGACAAGAUAUCGUGGGAAAAGUUGACACGGCUAUGGAAGAAGCGGUUCAUCGUGGACGGCGCACCUGCACUCGCCAUCAACCGUCUCUUCGGCAUGACGCAAGGCAACACAGCAACACGUGAUUGGCUCACGGAAUGGGAGAAGAUCGCGGCAACGUCCGGUCUCGACUUGCCAUUUCCGCAUUUGCGCCGCGAGUUCUACAACAGGUCAUGUGUUGCAUUGAGCCUCGCACUUGGUGAUCGCGAGCAAUAUGCAACCUUCGUUGAAAUCAUUGACAAGGCGAGGGAGAUCAUCAAGACCAACAGGGUAGCUGCAUACGAGAAGUCAGCGUGGCAUCCAACCUAUGUGGAGAAGGUGAGAACUGGUCCGCGACCGCAGCAGUUCGCUGCAGUCCAAACGGACAACAUUAUGGAAAACCCGACAGCCACCCAAGCGUCACGUGAGGGAGAUCAUGUGGCUGCUGUCCAGCUGCGAAGCAACAACAAGCCCCGAGGAAACGGGAAGGCGAAAACCGCAUCGCCGGCCGGAAACGGACAGCCAACACCAUGGGUCAAAUUUACCUUGACCGAGUCCGAAUAUAAGUACCGCGGCCGCUACGGCUGCUGCUAUUGGUGCAACAGCACCAAGCACAAGACCUCCCAAUGCCUUGAUCAAGGCAAGGAGGAUGUUCGGCCUCUUUCAUCACCAUCGACAACCGAUUCGGCAGUUUCGCCAUCAUCUACCGUCGGGGAUUCAACGUCAUGGUCAAGACUUGAAGAGCUCGACUCGUUGACAUUUGCGGACUUCCAAUGGAUGUCCCUUCCCCGGUCCGGUCGAUUGUCAAAACCGCAUUGCAACGUGCUUAUGGCACAAUUGCGGGAUUACUUGCGUACUGCAGUACCAACUCCGUUGAUGGACGCCGGAGUAGAGGUUGUCGACCUUCACGCCUACAUUGCGAAGAUCGACCGCGAGUUCAAGACGCAACGGUACGACGACAUCGACGCACCAUUGUUAUAUGUACGCAUUCAAAUUGGAGAGGCGACCUGCCGCGCUUUGAUCGAUUGCGAAGCAUCUCGCAACUACAUGAGCCAGGACUUUAUGGUACGCGUCGGCCUUGGCCCACGCGUCCGGAGGAAGUCCCAGCCGACGCAAGUCACGUUGGCGGACGGUCACACGCAUAAGUCAACAGACUGGUGCAUUGAUGACGCCCCAGUGUACUUUGCCCCGCACGCGAGUGAGGCGGUAUCCUUCGAUAUUUUGGACACCAAAUUUGACAUGAUCUUGGGCAUGUCAUGGCUGCGAAGCGAGGAUCACCCGGUGAACUUCUACCGCCGCAUCGUUUAUGUUCGUGAUCAGAACGGAGUACUAGUCCCAUGCAUGGUAGCUCCUCCUCACUCUUCAAUCAGCGUUCACGUGGUGUCCGCCGCAAGCAUACGAGCUUCCAUCACCAGAGACGACAUCGAGGAGAUGGGGGAGCUGGAGUACUUGGGAGAUUAUGUGACGCCUCAAGGCAUCCGUCCAUUUGCGGACAAGAUCGAGGCCCUCCGCCUAUGGCCCGAGCCCACCAACACCACGGACGUUCGUUCAUUCAUGGGGUUGGCGGGCUACUAUCAGCGAUUCAUCACCGGAUACUCAAGGAUUGCUGCACCUAUGACGAGAUUACAAUCGCCAAAGGUGCCAUUCGUAUUCGAUGACGACGCACGCCGGUCAUUCCAAGCACUUAAGACGGCCAUGCUCAUGGCACCCGUCCUUAGCAUCUAUGACCCCACCCUGCCGACGAGAGUGACUACAGACGCUUUCGGCUAUGGCAUUGGGGCAGUUCUGGAACAGCACGACGGCGACGACUGGCACCCUGUGGAGUAUUUCAGCCACAAAGUGCCUCCCAUCAACUCGCUUGAUGAUGCAAGGAAGAAGGAGUUGCUCGCGUUCGUGAUGGCUCUCAAGCAAUGGCGGCACUUCCUCCUUGGGCGUCGUAGGUUCACAUGGGUUACGGACAACAACCCACUGACUUACUACAAGACGCAGGAUACGGUGAGCAGCACGAUUAGACGAUGGAUGUACUUCAUCGACCAAUUUGACUUCACACCGAAACAUUUUCCCGGCCUCUCCAAUCGUGCAGCAGAUGCACUCUCGCGAAGACGUGAUCUUUGCGCUAUGACACAUCAUGCCUUCGCAUUCGACGAGGAGCUCCAGCGACAUUUCAUCAGGGGCUAUGAGUCCGAUCCUGACUUCGCCAUGCUAUAUGCGCAGUUAUCUUCGGAUCACCUGCCGGCCAGCCACUAUCGCAUCGUCGAUGGGUACUUGCUCCUGCACUCGCGGGGCAAGGACUUACUAUGUGUUCCACGCGACCACUGUCUUCGGACUCGCUUCCUCGGCGAGUAUCAUGAUUCGCGACUCGUCGGCCAUUUCGGAGUCAAUCACACUAUUGCACGGUUUCGACAGCGAUUCCGAUGGCCCGACCUCAUCACCGACGUCACGAGGUAUUGUGACUCGUGCGAAGUUUGCCAACGAACCAAACCCCGCAACCGCAACCCCUACGGCGAGCUGCGCCCGAUGCCGAUCCUGCAUGAACCCGGUCUCUCCAUUGCCAUGGAUGUCACCGGACCAUUCCUCCGCGACCGCCUCAGACACGACGGCAUCCUCACGGUCGUGGACCGAUUGAAAGACAUAGUUAGCGACCGCGACACUCGCUUCAUGUCGGCAUUUUGGACUGCUCUCAUGCAGGAGUCCGGCACGAAGAUGAAACCAAGUUCGGCUCGGCAUCCACAGACGAACGGGCAAACGGAACGGGCACAUCAAACCGCUCAAAUGAUGCUUCGUACGCUGAUCCAUCCAGACCAGAAAGGUUGGGUUGACCGCCUCCCCGACAUCGAGCUCGCCUACAACACUUCGGUGCACCCGGCGAUCGGCGUGACUCCAUUCGAGUUGCACCACAGUGGACGGAAAGGCCGUAUCUUCGCCGACCUUCUCCUCCCACGACCAGCCGACAUCGACGCCGCUUGCUCUCCCGCUUCCGUCCGGAAGUACAGGGAAUUGCCGGCUCAAGCCCGCUCGAACAUGCAAAAGGCUCAAGUCCGCAUGCAGCAGCAAGCCAACAGGCGUCACGUGCCAUGUCCCAUCCACGCCGGUGAUCUGGUUUGGGUCUCCGCGAAAGAGUUUGCACUGGAACAGGAUGUUUCACGCAAACUGCUUCCGAAGUGGUUUGGACGAUGGCCCAUAACAUCAGCCGCGGGCGAUGAGCCCAAUGGCCCUUCAUUUGUGAUCAACAUCCCGGCGCAUCUUACGGUCCAUCCAGUCUAUCACGCCUCGAAGCUGGUAACAUAUACACCAGCUAAGGGCGACGACUUCCCAGGCUGGCGAUCGCGGGACCCUCCAUCUAUGGAUGGUUCAUCAGGAGGUUGACCGCGUCAUCAUGGAUCGCAAGUACGACAACAAGCCUCGCCAGUACAAAGUUACAUUUAGAGCAUGCGAUCCCGACGACACUCGGUGGAUUUCAGAAACAAAUUUGAAAGCAUCUG